AUGGAAGAAUACUUGCUCAAGGGCCAGCGCAAAAGAGCCAUAGAACGAGGAAAGAAAGCGGCUCUUGCAGAAAAACAACCCCAAGAAGCUACGCUGCUUUCGCCCACGGACUCGAAUGCAGUGCAGUCUGAUGAUUAUUCCGAAGGACCCGCCGCAAGAGAUCUCCUUGCAAGAGCUAAUCUUAGCGAUAGAGGCGAUGUGGAAUCGACGGAUGAUGAAAUUAGACGAAACUUUGCCUCACCAUUCGACAUACGCUAUGGUAAAGAUGACGAUGAUGACGAUGAGCCCGAAGAUGAUGUAUAUUCUGACGAAGAUUUAGAAUUGCACUCUGACGAUUCUCUGGAAGAAGCUGUCGAGGACAUUCAAAAAGCUCAUCCCAAGUCUAAUGGCACCAGGCGAAUGCGCCGCAGUACUUUGGCCUAA